AUUUUUAAUUUUUUUUUUCCUGUAAAGCUCAUUACGUUGCAUUCAUGUUUGCAAUGUGCUAUGUAAAUGAAGUUUGAUUGAGGGCAAAAUGUGUAGUAGGAAUACCGCUGGUAGUCAUUGUGCAGCUCGUGAGCUGCAUGUUACUCUCAGGAACUAAUUGGCAGCUUGCGAAAAUAUAUAUUUUUUUAGUUGGGGUCCUCACCCAGGGGAUCAUAACAUUUGUGCGUCCUUGAUGUUAAAAAAACCCCUGUUUGAAAACCCCUGUACUAUCCAGCCCCAAGUAUCCUCAAGUUAUCGUCUACUAUUCACGUAAAAACCUCCAUAUAGAUCUGUUUUACUGCAGUAACAUUCACUAGGCCCAGUCUUCCAGACUAACUGUAUACAUUUCUAUGAAUGCUGUGUUUCAGUGUCUGUUCUGCUCCCUUUCCCACUAGGUGGCACCCAGCUGGAGGUGAAGCUGGUGUUGCUAUGGAAACACAACAUGCAAAUAUAGUACCUAGCAGUGGCCCCUGGACCCUGCCAAAUGGACCACCUGGGUAUAGGUCAUCAUGGAGGGAAGCUACGACAUCCUCCAUGAUAUCAGCUGUACUCUGAGGAAACCCAUCUCCUCCCCAUACCGCACCUCUGUCAUAUGACGAUUUUGGAACACACUGCAGAGUAUAAACCAGACGGAUCAGAUGCUGGUCUACUUGCAGUCCUUUAACUCUCUCCCAGAGAAUUACACCAUACCUGAGAGCACCAAGAACGGAGUUCCUCUCUUCUACAUCCCCCCCUGGAUCCACCAUGCCACUACUCUGUCUGGCUUUCAUACAAUGCAUUUUCACCAUUAGGGACUGAGCCUAGUUUGUUUAUUUAGCCUUUAUUUGACCAGUUUGGAGGUACUCUGUCUGGCUUUCAUACAAUGCAUUUUCACCAUUAGGGACCGAGCCUAGUUUGUUUAUUUAGCCUUUAUUUGACCAGUUUGGAGGUACUCUGUCUGGCUUUCAUACAAUGCAUUUUCACCAUUAGGGACCGAGCCUAGUUUGUUUAUUUAGCCUUUAUUUGACCAGUUUGGAGGUACUCUGUCUGGCUUUCAUACAAUGCAUUUUCACCAUUAGGGACUGAUCCUAGUUUGUUUAUUUAGCCUUUAUUUGACCAGUUUGGAGGUACUCUGUCUGGCUUUCAUACAAUGCAUUUUCACCAUUAGGGACCGAGCCUAGUUUGUUUAUUUAGCCUUUAUUUGACCAGUUUGGAGGUACUCAGUCUGGCUUUCUGGCGUCACGCUGAAAUGAAUCCCCCCUCUCUAGUUGUAGCUGUAAAUUAUUCUCUCUCUACCCCCCUCGACCUGUCCCAUCCGUGCUGCCCUGUGUACGUCUAUAACGGUUCCCUGGACUCUCUGAAGGGCCAGCUAGUCCAUCCCCACUUCAACAGGCAGCCAAGGGACAUCUUCAGACCUCAAGACGCUGAUUCCUAGGAGAUGCAUCAGCAGAUGAAGUUCAGGACUCUGAUGGGGAAGAGAAGAGACAACCUAGUGAAGAGGUUGUGUCAGAGGCUGAGCCUGCUACAGAGGACGAGAACAUGUCGGGCUGUUGCAUUGUGACCGAGAGCGACACAGACCUGGAGGUGGAGUACCAGGAGAGGGCCGGAGGCCGGAGAUCUUUAGGGGCAGCCAGAGAGGGGGAAGCAGGGGGAGAGGGGGAGGAUAUGAGUCCCUGUCUGACUCCAACACAGUCAACCAGGACAAUGUCUCCUUCAGAAUCCUAAAGGGAGACAGCCUGUUGGAGUCAGAGGGGCCACAGCCUGAGAUGCCCCCGCUGUUCAUCCACCUCACCUGCUCUGUUAACAUGAAGAGCUGCCACGGAUCCAUGACCAUAACCACGCUACCCACCUGCCUGGGUGAGGUGAUCAUGUGUCUGGAGAAUGCCCCACAGGCUGUGAAUCUGAAUAAUCUGUCUGUCACACUGGACAUCUUUGUUCUCACCUUACCCCUGGAGAUAGAGGACAUGCAAUCAGACUUGAGACACAACAGGGUUGGAGGAGACGCUUUGUCCAAACUCCAAAUUCCCCACAAACUAGCCGUGUUAGCCGCCAUGGAGGAGAGCCGUUGGCUCCUGGAGGAUGAGAUUGUGUCAGCUCUGCGUCACUCCCGGGUCAUCAGCCUGUCCGCGCUACAGAAGGUGGCGGGUCACGUAGUUCGCUCAGGCGGGCGGCCACUGUGAGGUCGUUCCUCUGCAGUUUGUCUUCGGCCCUGAGCAGUCCCUGGAAUAGUUCAAAGAGAUGGGCUGGGAUGAUGACCAGGAGGGGUGACAACUGUUCUUCUUUCAUAUGAGAGAUGAG